AUGUCCAAGAAGUCCGUCGUCGUCGUCGGUGGUGGAGGCGCCGGCUCUGCUAUAGCUCGCGCUCUCAGCACGCAGCUCGACUUCGCCACAGCCACUCUCACCCUCGUCACCGCGCGGCCCUUCUACACGCACCUGCCUGCACUCGUCCGAACGACAACAACGGCAGUCGGCAACCUCGAGGAGAAGGUGCUCGCUCCCUACGACCACCUCUUCGCCACCGGCAAGGGUACGGUGAAGGUCGGCCGCGUCGAGGCAAUCGAGGCCAAGGAGAAGGGCGGCGAGCUCGUGCUUCAAACCGGAGAACGCGUGCCCUACGACGUGCUUGUCCUGGCGCCCGGCUCUCACUGGCAAGGCCCACUCGAGUUGUCUGACGACCGCGAGGCGGCGCUCGCGUCGAUUGCAGAGAUCCGCAGCAAGAUCGAGAGUGCAAAGGCUGUUGUCCUAGCUGGCGGUGGCGCUGUCGGAGCAGAGUACGCUGGAGAGUUAAAGGACUUUUACCCCGACAAGAAAGUCACCAUCGUUCACGCUGGCAAGAAACUUCUCAACGACACAUACCCGGACAAGUACCGCAAUAAGGUCGAGAAGGAUCUGCGUGCGCGUCAAGUCGAGCUCAUUCUCGACGACUACGUGGAUGAUCUCGCGCAGGCAGGUCCUGUCAAGACGCGGGGUGGCAAAGAGAUUGACGCGGAUCUGAUCAUCCCGUCGGUCGGCGGUCGCCCUGCAACGGAGUUCGUUGCCUCGCUCGGCGCCGACACUCUCAACGGGCGCGGACAGGUUUACGUGAAGCCAACUCUCCAACUCAAGAACCACGCCAAUAUUUUUGCUGCCGGCGACGCCAUCGAGUGGAACGAGCAGAAGAUGAUGGCCAAGUAUCCCAAGCACGCAGACGUCAUCGUCACAAAUGUCGUGUCUUAUCUUAAGAACGGCUCCACGCCGCGCACUUAUGCCGGCCAGAGCGAGCUCAUAGUCCUUACCAACGGCGUCAAGGGUGGCUCGGCGUACUUCGGUGUCGCGUGGGGCAUUGUGCUGGGUGCUUGGAUGGCAAGUAAGGUGAAGAGCAAAGAGCUCUUCAUUCCACAAGCACGUAAAGGUCUCGGUUUGCCGGCGUGA